UACAGUACAGGUGAGCAGCAUGAUUUAGCUCAGCACACACCAAACAGGAAGGAGCAUCAAAUCCUGGAAUUGUAUCUGUCGCUGUGAGACUGUGAUCGCUGCAGACUUUGUCACCUGCAGCCCAUUAUAUUUAUCUAUACGGGGUGAUCCAAAUGGACGUGGAGGGAGAUUAGCUGGAGUGACCUUUCCUUCCCUCAGUCUGUCCUUUUGCCACCAGCUCAGUUCAUCAAAUGCAAAACUGAAUGAAGAGUCGGGAUUUUAGACGCAAAACCAAGAAAGUCUGAAUGGAGGAGCUGCUGCCCACAAAGUUACUGAAUUCAUGACAAAUCCAUAAUUCUGGAUGCAUUUUUCUAUAACAAAACUGUCUGCAAAUGAAUUUUGAGGCUCUGAAGAGAAAUCAGUCCAUGGAAUGACCUUUCCAUGUUAUUCCUCACAUGCACCUAACAGCAGGAAGUUGCCAUACACACAGUCCGCCUUCACGUCACUGCAGAGUUAUGAUCCCAAAGAUAAAGGGCAGAUCCCUUUCUCCGAGAGAAAAAUAAUCUGCGUGCCGGCGAUAGGGAUGUAGACGAAAAGCAUGUCUUGGUGACCAAAAUAGCAGAGAGGGAAGAGCAAAGUCUGGGAAAAGGAAAAAGGAGGACUCAAAGAGAGAAGGCUGGACUGUUUUGUCAUUCUAGGAACAGAUGAUUUGUAACAGAGCACAACAAACUUGUGCAGCUUUUGUGGCAGCUGUCCAUGGGAACUCAUCCAAGACACAAAGCUCACCCUGCUGGGAGGUACUGUAAGAUAGAGAGAAACACUUUAUGAAGACCAAAAAGAGAGCACACUUCUCUCAUUUAAUUUUAGCUCAGCAACAUUUGGAGGGACCUCUGGAUUUCCAUGAUCGGAGGAAGCAACCUGUAACAGUGAACUUUUCUUGCUGUGUUUGCCUAUGCUUCUCAAACUUUCUUGCUGCCUGCCAGUAAGGAGUAAAACCUCCCAUCCUUCAACUGAAUUGGUGGUUUCCUCUUAUCAGGAGAGAAGAUUUAUCUGACAACAACGAAACCGUCACAUUUCCUUCUGCUGUGGGCUUCUAUUUUUUUCCCUGCUGCAGCAGAGACGUUAAAGUUUGGGUAGCGAUGGAGAUGAAGACGGGACACACGUCCGUCAGGAGAGGGGUGAGCUGGAGUCCAGCAGAAAUUACAAAACCUCUCCAGGCAACACAAGACAUGGACACUCCUGGGACAGAGUGCAAUGCAUUAUGGGAGAAGACAGGAUUCAACAAAGAAAAGAUGAGCCGGAAAACAAAUCUGACUCGGAGUGCCAGUUUAUCAGAGAAGGAACUCAAAGAGGCUCGAGUCAGGAGCCAGAUCAUUGCCACUCAGCUCACUGUCCCUUCCAACUCUAGCUCCCGAGGCGUGCAGCUCUUCAACCGCCGCAAGCAGAGAGUCAACGCCUUCACACUUGAAAGCUGUGGAGAGGGGUCACAAGAGGACAGGGUAGAGAAUGUGAAAACUGAACCCUUGUCUAACAAACCAACAUGGGCAGAGAGGAGCCGUGAGGAAAAAGAUAGAGAUCUCAACAUUAAGAAUAGCUCCACAAAAUCACUCUUCCCAACACCUAUAAAGGUCCCUACAGUAGGUGAUAUCAUGGAGGAACCACAUAAAGAUUUCCACAGAGAAGAGGACUUAGAGGAGAGUGUUAUCCAAGAGAGGCACUUCCUUCCUGUCAAGGAAGAACAGGAUGAAGACAAAGAGUCAGAAGAUAAAAUUCAUGAGGAGAAAGUCAAGGAUGAGAUUCCCCCUGGAAAUUAUAACAGUGAUCCAGUCAUGAUGGGGCAUGUCGAGGGGGGGGUGGAGAUAACAGGGCCAGCUCCCAGUGGAGUGCUUCUUAGUGGCUGCCACAGCACCUCUGGAUCAGACAGGGUGUCUGUGUCCACAUCCAAGCAGACAGGCACCAUCACCAACAGAACUGCCAGACCCUUUUUCUCCCCACCAACAGUACAGUCUUCAGAGGAAACCAACCCUGUCAUGGACACCCCACCUCCUCCUUCUUACAACACUCCUCCUCUGCCUGCUUUCACAGCUCCACAACCUGUGGCAUUCUCACCUCCACCUCCGCCUCCAUCAUAUCCCAUGCCACCUCUCCCAGCCUUUACAAACCAACCUCUACAGGCCUACUACUCCAGUCCACCUCUGAUGUCUCCUGUGACUUCCCCUUCCUUCCAUCCACCAUCUCAGUUCCCAGUUUCUCCUGUAUCUCCCCAUCCACCCAACCCUCAUUAUUGCCCUCCCACAGCCCCAAAGCCAUCCACCUUCAUUCCUCAGCCCUCCGGAGAGAGGAAGUCAAUAAUAACAAUUAAAACAGGAAUACUUGAGGAAGGGACUGCAAGGAGGGCAACUAAGAAGUCAAUGUUCACAUUCAAACAGAAACCGGUGGUAGCUCCGAACCCUGAGCUGCUGACUUUGGUGCAAGGUGUGGAUGAACGGAAGAAACACGGACAUAGAUCGGUGCCUGAGCCUACACCUGAGGAAGAGUUACUGGCUCUGGGUGCAGAGGCCUCCAACUUCCUCGCCAAGGAAGAAGAUAAGGCAGAGGCGGCUAAAGCUCCAGAGUGGGCUUCAUGCCUUAGGAGCUCCAGGACUGAACCCAGGGCAGAGCACAGACUAGAGCAGAACCUUACCAACGUUUCAGGAAAGGGGGCUGAGCUGUUUGCCAAGCGUCAAUCCAGGAUGGAGAAAUAUGUUGUUGAUAAUCAGAGUGCAAAUCAAACGAGGUCUCUGUCUCCCACAAUGUCUUUACCACCAUCUUGGGUUUACCCAUCCAACAUGCCUGGGAGGGUCAAGGCCAUUGCUAAAAAUUCUGACAUGACAGCUCAGUUUUCACAAAAUUUAAAGACCCAACAAGCCGUAAAGCAAAAACCCAGGCCAAAAGCUCCAGUACCACAGCCAGUUCCAGAAUCACCACCUUUAGAGAACGGAUGCUCCAAGAUAGAGAUGGACCUGUCAAGGCACCGGCCUUACCAGCUUAACCCAUCCCUCUUCACAUUUACCCCAGUCAAAGACCACCCCAUUAGUACACUACCCAGAGGAGCACCACAAGCCAAGAGCCAGAUCACCAACCAAACCUUCUCCAGACAGACUUCAUUAUCUAGCACACCUCCUUCUCACUUCAAUACUCAGAGCAUGUCUCCUCAGCUGCCCCUCAGCCCCACAGGAGGAGCAGAGUAUUAUUCACAUCCAGCCUCUGUGCAGCCACGGGUUAGAUCUGCUAUGUCUGCCUUUUCUCCAGAGCGAGUGUCCUCUCCCCGGUCAGGGGUCCAGGCACCAAAGCCCACAUUUUCUGCCAAGAAGGCAGGGAUUACACCACAGACAUCAAAGGACUCAACUGUAGGUGAGACCUCCAGUGAGACUACCACGCCAACCAGGAUACCGAAUCUUGCCAGACGUUUCAGCAGCCCAGAGGGUCCCAACACAGGGACCUGGACAUCCAGCCUCCAAAUGAAUUGCCCCUCCAACACCAACACCUCCAGCUCCAUCCAUUCAAUCACUUCCCCUGUCUCCUCUCCCAUGGUUACAAGAUGCCUGUCCCCCAUGACCAAUCAGAAUAUCCACUUUUCCAAAACUAACUCUACACCAACAUUCAGACCCUCUCAAACAUCUGGAGUCACCCCUCCGUGCUCCCCUUGGGGGUCAAGAUGUCAGUCCCCAAUGGUAAGCCAUAAUACUUCACAUGAUGUCCCCAUUUCUACAUCAAGACCCACCCAGACACACACAGACACAGCUCUUGUCUCUCCUCCUUGGGGCUCAAGAUGCCAGUCCCCAAUGGUAAGCCAGAAUACUUCCACUAACAUCUCCAUUUCCACACCCAGAGUCUCACAAACACCUAUAACCACAUCCCCUAUCUCACCUCCUUGGGGGUCAAGAUGCCAGUCCCCAAUGGUAAGCCAGAAUACUUCCUCUACUAUCUCCAGUUCCACAUACAGACCCUCCCAAACACCAAAAAACACAUCUCCUAUCGCUCCUCCUUGGGGUUCUCGUUCCCAGUCUCCAGGACUCUCUCAUAGCAGUUUACCAUUCUCCACCACUAAACCUCUGUACACAUCCUCUGCCACCUCUCCUAUUCUCCAAACCAAAGACAGUCGCUGCAUGUCUCCCACUGUUAAUAAUUUAGACUCUAAGGCCAACCACCGCCUCCUGGCAAAGAACAUAAUCAAUGCAGCAAAACGUAAAAACAGUCCUUCCCCUGGUGCACUCAGUGGUCACAACCUCCCCAUCUCACCUCUGGGAAAUUUGCACCAUGGGUACGACUGUCACAAACCACCCACAAGCCCCUUCCAGUCACGAGCACUGGGCGCCCAGUCCCCUAUCUUUACCAGCCCACCUCCCACCCCGACACAGAGGAUCUGCUCUCCUGUGAGGCUUUACAACACUCGCUCGCUCACAGACUCUGAUGCCUCUGUUGAGUCUGAAGACUCUGGCCUUCGAUCGCCUGGCCCGCACUCCUACAACACCUGUCCCCGAGGCUGGGGCGGCAGCCUGAGGGUAAAGAGAAGCACCGUCUCCACUGAUCUGUGAGAGUGUUGCAGGCUGACUUCAUGUGUUCAUAGACAGUAAGAACUGUGUGAUGGACGUUUCAGCCGACUAAUGUUAAACAAGUUACCUUUCCACAACUUUAAUUGCUUUGUGGACAAUUCAUCAAGGUAGCACUAGCAUUUUAAUGACUCACAUUUCUAGUACAGACUGACAAGAACAAGCUUUUUACAUAAUGCAGUUGCUGUGGCUUGUAUGCUUCAUAUAUACCAAAAAGUGCAAAGACUCAAAAUAACCAAAGAAAUUUGAACUUACUUGAAAUGAACAUUACAUCUUCACGACAAAUAUACCUUCGCAGUCACUGUUAUUAUUAAAUAGUGUCAUGGUUAAGGGGGUAUUGUAUUGAAAAAUCAUUACUGAAUUAUCAUUGUAUUUACUGGUCUUGCACAAGGAAAAAUGGAGGGAGACUUUUACUUUGAAGGCAUAGAAGGGACACAAAUUGAUAGUUGUGUAAAUACAUAUCUCUGUAUUCAGUAUCUUGACUAUGCAGUGCUUUGGUUGAGGCAUUGUCCUUAUGCUGUAUUGAUAAAGUAUCAUAUCCAACAAAUUCAUAAUGAAUACCAAUUUAGACGACAUUAAGUUAAAUUAGUUGACAUAUCUUUUUCAUCACAAAAACACAGUGAUAGGUAGGACACAUAGUACUCACAUAUCAUACACGGUUUAAGUAUUCACCACAGCUUAUUAUCCAUUUUACUCAAUGGAAAAUAAAUAACGUGCAUUAUUAUCACAGUGCAAUAAUCAGUUUAACGUGACGUACUGUCUAUGUGUUGCUUUAUGUACUGCAUUUGCUAAAAUGAAUGUAGGGUUUACAGACAGAUUGACAAUGAAUGACAGAGAGAAAGGACAGUGUAGGUGUAGAAUUAUGUAAGGAGCAGAGAACCUAGUCAAUGAAGCACUGUUUCAAUGCUUCAGGAACAAAAAUCUAAGGGUUUUUUGAUGAUGAACAACUAAAUGAACAAAUGUCUCCUGAAGAUUUAAUGGCAAAAUGGAAGGCAUAUUGAUUGUAAUAGUCAUUUUGGAGAUUGAUGUGUGCAUAAUUUGGGUGGAUUUUGUGCUGAUCAUCAUGUAUCAGUAAUGUUUAGGAGAAUGUUGUAUGUUGAGAGAUGUGUUUGUGAGAAAAGGAGCAGAAGAAAUGGAUUUUAAGUACAUAUGAGACUAUAAUGUGCAUUAUCUUUCACUUCUGAAGUUUGAUUUUAUACUUGAUUUGCACUUCUAUUCAUUCCAUUUCCGCAGCUAAGUUUGCAUUGUCUAAAACUUGAUUUGCCCAAGGGGUGACAAUCACAAUAACACCAGCAAAUAAACACUACAUUCCUGCACCAUAAAACAUGGUGAUAUGAUGGUAGCUUCUAACCACAGUGAGCUUGCUUUGAAUGUGGAAUAGCUGAAUUCCAUCUUCAAACAUCUUGCCUAGUCCAGCAGCAGCAGCAGCAGCAGCAUACAACUGAUCAUUCUCUCAUUCCCUGACACGCAGGCCAAAUAUGCAUCAGCAAAUUUCUAAAUAUUUUCUUCAGUGUGUGUUCAGAGUGACAGGGACAUCUGCUACAUAUUGGCCUGGCACCUUCAGCAGGAUUAAGAAUAUCACUGUCACGGAUUAGUUUCAACCUGGUUCACCUCUUGGCUUUUAAAAGCUUCUUUUUCCAAGAUGAUUUUCCUCAACGAUUGCAAACCUGCAUUUUAUCAUAACAGCUCACAUUGUUUUUUCAUAACUGUAACAUUUCUGAAAAUGAUUGCAAAAUAAAAAGUGAUGAUGCAGUUUAAA